AUGUUUUUACCCAGCUUCGGCCUGGUGGCCGGCCUCUUGCUGCCAUCGGUCUCCGCUGGCAUCUUGGGCCGUCACCGGGCGAAAGUCCAAGUCCAAGACCCGGACUGUCUCGUCGAAAUCGAUGUCGCCGCCACCAUCUACGAGCAGCCCGUGGCCGUGAGCACCCACAUCGACACGCCCACCAUCAUCACCGUUGGCCCCGGUGCCACCCUCAUUGUCGGCCCCGAUCGCGUUCCUACCGACAUUGACACGGUCGUGACCAUCCUGUCCACGCACAUGGGAACGAGAACCCACACCUACACCAUCAACAGGACCGGCUCUGGCAUCACAAGGACCACCAUCCGUACCAUUCGCCCCGCGAACCCUUCGUCUACCGUUUACUCGACCCUGACCACCACGUCCUUCGCUUCCUUCCCGACAACCACCGGGUACUCCUCCUCAUCGCGGCCAUACCCGCCUCCGAUUUCCUCAUCUGCGACCGUUGGCCCACCUCAGGAGAACAUUGUCACUCUGCCAUACCUUGGCUCAGUGACAACCACGCUGACCCUCACAUCUGGAUCAAUCGCUUUCCCUGCCGUCCUCACGCCCGCUACCGUCUCUACGUUCACUGGCCCGACAGCCAGUGACGUGUAUUACGCAGGCUACGAUGGGUCCACGACAGCAACCUUGACUGUGCUGCCAUCUCAAUUCGGCGCUAAUACUGCACUUGCCUUUAGUACCGGGGCUGGGCUCGUACCUUUCGUCAACACUCGGCUCGCAGGCGCUGGUAAUGGUGGUUCGGCGACUCUGAUCAUAGAGACACCAACCACCACCUUCUCAUCAACUGCCAGCAUCACCGAAGCACCGUCGAGUACUUCUAGCACCGAUGAUGGUGUGCUCACUUUGUCGUAUUUCGGCACAACUGCUACCGCCCUCAGGCUUGUCAUCAACGGUGUUACCCGUCUUGUGUACUUGGUUCCUGCCACCGUGUCCAACACAUACUCUGCCACCGGAACGACCACCAUCUUUGCGAAUGGCACUGGCACCGCGGCAACAACGUUCACAGUCGUCCCGACAAGCGGCUUUGAAACCCUGAUUGUGGAAGGCCCAGCCACGGCUCUUGAGCCUCCCACGAGCUCGUCAUCAACUGAAUCGUUCCCCACCACUUCAGCUUCGCAGGGCCCAGGCGUGACGUCUCCGCCUGGACCGACCGGGUCGACCUCGGCUGGACCCUUUGGAAACACCCCCACAUGGGCGUACUUCACAGGAACCAACACUUCUACUGUGGUGUUGCCGUACGGGCCGGGCGGUACGCCCGUCACCUUCGUUUUGACUCCGGCCACCGACCCCGCCUUCACUGGGAGCCUCGCAUCAACCACUUACACCGUCGGGUAUAAUGGCUCAACCGCUACAGCAAUCACCAUAGUUCAGCCGGGUUCUUCUCAGGUUGGAUUUGUUGUGGUGGAGACCCCGAACAGUGUUGAGAGCUCAUCCUCAUCGACCACGUCUGAAUCUUCAAGCAUCUCGACCGGCCCCAUCUCUGAGUUUUCAGCCCCGACGUCUAGUUUCCCCGGCGCUCUCAACACUCUUGCUUACUUCGGCGAUGUGACCGAGGCCACGCUGACAGCUACGAGAGCCGGCACGCUGACAACCUUCGUCAUCACCCCCGUGCCCACGCCUUCCAACCUCUCUGGGAUCGAUCCGACUGUCAUGAUCGUAGCGGGUUAUAACGGAACUACUACUCGGAGUUUGACUAUCCUGCCGACCGCGACUUCUGACCGGGGCACGCUGCUCAUCGAAACACCUAUCAGCACCGUUUCUUCGUCCACUACCACAACUCUUGCCCCUCCCGCCACCUGGCUCUACAUCGGAGAUUCGACUGAUAUUAAUGCUGUUGCUACUUAUGGUGGGGGCAGUCUCACCAGCCUGGCCCUCGAGCCCACGUCAACCCCAUUCAGUGGCGUCAUCGAUCCCUUCACAACGUACACUAUCGGCUACCCUGGGCCCACCGCCAAGACCGUGACAAUCCUGCCCAAUAACAAUCCAAACGUCUGGACUCUGCUGAUCGAAACGCCAACGUUCACGAGUUCUUCAUCCUCGGAGACGGGUCUGUCUUCCUCUUCAGAGACGAGCUCGCCUUCUGAGGCAGGGCCAUCGUCACUGGAGACGUCUUCUACCUCCACGACAAGUAACACGAUUUCUUUUGAGACAAGUGUGCCAGCUACCAUCACGGCGCCGCCAACUUCGACUUCUUCGGAUGCGAACGACGUUGUCACUCAGUUCUGCGUCGGCUGCACGAGCACGAGGACCCUGGUAGCCACCGUCAAUGGCAGGCUCAGGACUUUAUUCAUCGUCCCGUUGCCUACCGAGUCCGCCUCUUUGUUCACUCAAGGUGUUGGUUCUCAAACAUUGACUGCGGGCUACAGCGGUAGCACCCGGGACACUAUCACGUUGGCUCCGACAAGGGACGGAGAUCUGGGUACUGUCGUGGUUGAAACCCCAUUCGGGGAUACGGCUAGUUCCACGGAGACUACCGUCAGCGAAACGUCGGAGUCAAGCACUCCUGAAUCCCCGACUACCACUGGUUUGAGGACUCAAGGUUACAUUGGUGGUGAUUCCCUUCAAACGAUCACACCCACCGUCAAUGGUACUGCGACUCCCGUCUUCAUCACGCCAGUUCAGUCAGACUUCGCUGGUCCUUUCGUCACCUACACCCCGACCAUCGGUUACGACGGACAGAACACCAUCACCUUGACCCUGCUUCCUGCUGCCGGCGAGACUGCGGGCACAAUAGUUGUCGAGACUCCUACGGCCUUGUCUUCUGAAUCCACCUUGGAGUCAACGAGCUCGUCUCCGUCCAUCACUGGGGUGCCUUCUCCGACGAACAAUGAUGUGCCCUACGUUACUGGCACGGACACCACCUUCGUUUCAGCCACAAUGUCAGGUGCCACAUACACGUUCACUCUCGUUCCGGCAACCACGACAUUCAAUGGCCCGGUUGACCCCGUCAACACAUACACGAUUGGCGGGCCAUCCGAUACAACAUAUACGAUCGUCCCUACUGGUACCCAGAGUGAAGGAACUAUCGUCAUCCAGACAGCUACAGAUACCUCCCUGAGCAUCAUCUCUGAGACUUCUACGAGUGAAACCUCAUCACCCUCUAGCCUCACCACAGCUUCUCCGUUGAGUACUGCGGCAAAUCUCGUAUAUCCGUACCUCACUGGCUCGUCUGUCUUGCUGGUCCCAUCGACAAUCAGCGGUUCUAGCGUCAUUCUAACGCUGACCCCGGCAACCGUGUCCACGUACAAUGGCGCAAUAAACACCGAUUCGCUCUUGAGCGUUGGAUAUAGCGGGUCCACGCGCACCACCUUGACCGUUCUCCCGACUGAUCCUGCUGACGACUUCGCCACCGGCUUCCUGGUUGUCGAGACACCAACAUUACUUUCCACUGUUGUGACCAACGCGAAUACCCGCAUCAUCCCAUACUAUACUGGUACCGACACCUUCACGUUGGUUUACUCGAGUGGCUCGCUUGUAGGUGCCAACCGAGGCUCUGCCACUGCCACCACAGGGACUGGUGCGAUCGUUCCAACCCGUUUAGCGUCCGCCCUGGCUGGAGCAACUGCCAGUCCCAGCAAUCCUUACACGACGUACUAUUUGACGCCAGGAACGGCGUCGUCGGGCUACACCGGCCCGGUCGGCGGGCAAACAACGUUUACCCUCUCAUGCCAGGGAACUACGACGACCCAGUAUACGGUUCCACCCACUGAUCCGGCCAGCCCGACCGGCACUUUGGUCACUGCCUCCCCAUGCACGUACACGACAGCCAUUAUCACAACCACGGUUGGCUACUCUGGCUCCACCACCUCAACGUACACAGUCUCGCCAGAUGGCCCCGCGAGUACAGGGGACCAAACCAUCUCCGUCAUUGUAGAGACGCCCAUUGAGGGUGAAACAUCGACUUCGGAGUCUAGCAUCUCCAGCGACACCAUCACAUCGAUUUCGGAGUCUGGUAUCUCCAGCGACACCAUCACAUCGACCCCGACAGGCGUCGUCGACCGCGAAUAUGUCGGCGGCACCACCUCUGGCACGAUCACCGUCUCGGGAGGCAACCUUGCCGGCCCGACCGUCAUAAACCUCGUGCCGGCAACCGACACCUUCACAGGGCCGAUUGACCCGUCGAACACCCUGACCGGUGAAUACCCUGGCACGGUCCCCACAACAGUCACGUUGUUGCCGCUUUCGGGAGAAACGGAUGGCACAAUUCUGGUUGAGUUGCCCACAGCUAUUUCAACUUCGGACACCACCCUGCCGACUGCUACGGAUACUGGAAGACAGUACAUUGGCGAUACCACCACCGGUGUUGUUACUGCAUUCUCAGGCGUGGGUGCGGAGCCCACAUACUUUACGCUGGCGCCGGCUACUGUUGAUAUGUUCACCGGACCGAUCGAUCCGUCCGUUACGUACACAGCGCCGUACAACGGGACAGAUACGAAGACACUGAUUCUGUUCCCGACCGGCACUGAUACGGCCGGCACAUCCUUGCUUGAAGUUCCAACGGCGGCUGCUAAUUCCGACACGAUCACUACGUCUGCCCCGUCUUCUACCUCAGGCAGGCCGUAUGCAGGUGACAGCGUCGAGCUUUCCAUCACCGCCACGCUUGGGCCCAGUGGUACCCCUACGGGGUUGCUUCUCACGCCAGCAACUGAGUCGCUGACCUACCCAGUCGACCCGACCAACACCUUCUUCGCCCCGUACGGCGGAAUUACUGUGAAGACCUUGACUCUGUACCCCACAGGCACGGAGAGCCUUGCCACGUAUCUGUUCGAGACUCCAACCAGCACCGCCUCCCCUUCCAUCACGGCCUCGCCCACCGGUCUCGCGGGCAUCCCCCGUAAGCUUUAUGUGGGUGACACGACCUCCGGAAUCAUCACGGCGUUCCCUAACGGCGAAACUGGCCUCCCCACUACGAUCUCUCUUGAUCCAUACACGGGAGACGUCACCUUCACCGGCCCUUAUGAUCCUUCCACCACGCUGACUGCUUCAUACGAUGGGACGGACACCAAGACGGUCACCAUCCUUCCUGACGCUAGCGCUACCUACGGCACCCUGCUCGUUGAGGUUCCUAGCUUUGCUCUUGCUAGCGCUACCUCGUCUUCGGCUGCCCCCGACUCGACUGACGUGCCGUAUGACGGUGACACCACUACGGGCACGAUCACUGCGACCCCAUUCACCGUCGUUACCGAGUCUGACGGCAGUGUCUCCACGGCGUUCGGUUCGCCGACCACCUUGGCCCUUGUUCCAGCCACUGCGCCCUAUGACGGCCCGGUCGAUCCCGCGGCAACGCUGGCGACCCCGUACGACGGGUCGACAACUCGAACGCUCACUUUGCACCCCACCGGCUCGCAGAGCUUGGGCACGGUCGUCCUGGAGAUCCCGACUGGAGCUACGGCUUCAGCUUCACCUUCCUCGACCGGCCUUCCAGUGUACGAGUACAAUGGCGGCGAUGGAUCUGUACAGACUGUCACGGCGUUCCCUGGCGAUAGCAUGGGCCCUAUUACCGGCGCUAUGUCGCAGACCUUUAUCGUCACACCUGCUGCAACGCAAUAUACCGGCUCUGUCGACCCUUCCACGACUCUCACCGCGGGCUACACCGGCUCAACCACGCAAACACUUUUGCUGCUCCCCAACACCGGACAGACUGCCGCGACUGUGCUUGUCGAGACUCCUGUCGCUACAGCGACCGAAUCUCCCCCUCUCAGCGGUCGUCUGUAUCAGGGCGACACGACCACCGGAACAGUGACGGCUACGCCGUUCGUCAAUGGCGCGUCUUUUGGAUCGCCGACGGUCAUUACCCUGGAUCCCGCGACGACGCCGUUUACCGGCCAGCUAGAUCCAUCGACAACACUGACGGCACAAUAUGAUGGCCUUACAACGAUGUCCUUGACGCUGUACCCAGCGGCUGAUGGUACCUUCGGCACGCUGCUUGUGGAGGUUCCGUCCAUUACCGCCUCGCCUGUCUCUGCGGCCUCGACUUCGCCUGCGUUGACUGCCAGGCUGUACCAGUUCGGGACCUCCAGCGGGACCUUCACCGCGACUCUGAAUGGCUCGCCCACUGUCAUCAGUCUGGAACCAGCAACUACCCCCUUCACCGGCUCGGUCGAUGACUUCGCCACUUUCACAGCCUUGUACGACGGCACCACCAGCCAAACGAUUACAGUCUUCCCAGAGAGUGGCAGUACUCUCGGCACUCUUAUGAUCGAGGUGCCUUCCAUCACCUCUACCCCAGCAAGCAGUACAGAGUCUUCGACCUCUUCGCCUGCCGGCCGUCUGUACCAGGGUGGUGGCUCGUCAACCGAUGUCAUCACCAUCACGCCCACCACGACAGGCACCGACGGCCUUCCGACAACUGCGGCACCAACGUCGUUCAGCAUCGACCCAGCGAGCUCUGCCUUUACUGGAGAAGUUGAUCCAGCUACCCUUACUGCCACAUAUACUGGUAGUACCACGCAGACUCUGACCCUUUUCCCCAGCGGCAGCGACUCCUUCGGUACUGUGGUCGUCGAAGUUCCCGAAAGUUCUACAGGCUCGGCUACGGUCUCCGCUUCAGCUACCAUUACGGCUGGUCCAACGGGGACUGUUGUGCCAGUUGUAAUAACACGCCUGUAUCAGGGAGGCACCACAACAGAAGUCGCGACGAUCACACCCACCACGACGGGAACCGACGGCAUCGCAACAACUGGCGACCCCACUAUCCUCAGCCUCGAUCCCGCGACGUCGGUGUUCACCGGCGGAGUUGUUUCAGGCGUUCUGACUGCUCCUUAUUCCGGCAGCACGACGGCGACGGUCACCCUCCUCCCCACGGGCACUGAAAGCUUGGGCACGCUACUCGUCAAUGUACCGGUGACGGCUUUGGCCGCGCCAUCGACUUCGGCAUCUGCGGCUGUCUCGUCAUCUGCGGCUGUCACGUCAUCUGCAGCUGUCUCGUCAUCUUCGGUAUCGCUCAUUGCUCGUCUGUUCCAAGGCGGUUCUGCGCCGAGCACCUUGACGAUUACUCCAGCUGUCGUUGGCCAAGAUGGCAAGCAGACGACCGGCGCUCCCACUGUGGUCAGCCUUGAUAUAGCAACGUCGACCUUUACCGGAUCUGUUGAUCCGGCAACCACCUACACGGCUACCUACCCGGGACCCACGACGCAGAUUAUUACAUUGCAGCCUGAUGCCGCCGGUAGCUUUGGUACUCUGAUCGUGGAAGUGCCUGAGACUGCUGCUGGAAGCUCAACCACCAGCUCCUCCUCGGCCUCGCUGGCUUCGACACUCGAUAGCCGGCUGUAUGUGGGAGACACCACGAGCGGUGUUGUGACAGCUACUCCAGUCCUUGCUUCGUCCACAUCGCCGUUGCCAAGCGGCUUCUCUGGCGCCAUACCAAUUGGACCUCCGACCACUAUCAGCAUCUCCCCAGCCGCUACGCCGUUCACAGGCCCGGUGGACCCGCAGACGACUUUCACCGGGACAUACCCUGGCACCACCAUCAAACACCACUACGGCGUCUGCGUCGUCCGAGGCUACGGCAACUUCAUCGGCGUCGUCGACUUCGAGCGAAUCGUCAAGUGCGAGCCUGAGCGCUGA